CUUUAGAAAACAGUGAGCCCAGCACUGAAUGAAACUUAAUUUUCGUCGUUUGUGAGAGCUGUCUGCCGUAUGGAGUGAUAUUCUUGUGUUUCCAGGUGUUUGAUCAGUGAAGGUGAUCAUGGGGAUCAAAACUCAGCGCACUCGGUGCUUUCUUGACAUUGGCAUCAGUAAUGUGCUCGUUGGCAGAGUUGUGGUUGAAUUGUUUUCAGACAUCUGUCCCAAAACUUGUGAAAACUUCAGAUGCCUCUGCACAGGUGAAAAAGGCAUUGGUAAAGGAACUAUGAAACCUCUGCACUACAAAGGAUGUCUGUUCCAUCGAGUUGUAAAAGAUUUCAUGAUUCAAGGAGGAGACUUCAGCGAAGGUAAUGGAAGAGGAGGCGAAUCCAUCUACGGAGGCUUUUUUGAAGAUGAAAGCUUCGCCAUGAAACACAAUAAGGAGUACCUGCUGUCUAUGGCCAAUAGGGGCAAAGAUACAAACGGAUCCCAGUUUUUCAUAACAACAAAACCCUCGCCACAUCUGGAUGGUGUCCAUGUGGUUUUUGGUCAUGUGAUUUCUGGCCAAGAGGUAGUUCAAACCAUGGAGAACCAGAAAACAGAUCCCAACAGUAGACCGUAUGCUGAUGUGAAAGUUUUGAACUGUGGAGAACUCAUCCCCAAAUCUAAAGCAAAGAAAGAUGACAAAAAGAAAGAGCAAGCCUCUUCCAGUUCCAGCAGUAGCUCCAGCGACUCCGAGAGCUCAUCGGCAUCUUCUGAAUCUGAGGAAUCAGAGAAGGAAUCUAAGAAGAAGAAAAAGAAGGCGAAAAAGCUAAAAAAGAAACAGAAGAAGAAGGAAAAGAAAAAGUCAGAGGCUGAAAGUGCUGAAGAGAAAGAACAAGAAGACUUGGUUACAUCUACCGUACGUCCUGAAGAAAUUCCACCCAUCCCGGAGAAUCGAUUCCUCAUGAGGAGGAGUCCCCAGGCCGUCCAGAAGCAAAAGGAGGAAGCUGAAAAGAAUCCAAUGCAUAAAGAGGAAAGGCCAAGAGAGAGUUCUGGCAUAGCAUAUAAUUCUCAGUCAUCAUAUCACAGAAGACUAGUGAUGACGCGAUCCGGGAGAAAGAUUAAAGGCAGGGGUCCAAGGCGCUAUCGGACUCCGUCACGUUCUCGGUCAAGGUCCAGAGAUCGUUUUCGGCGCAGUGAAACCCCUCCACACUGGCGUCAGGAGAUACACCGUCAGAGGAUGAGGGCGGUCACCGGAGAGCGGUGGAUUAAGGGUGACAAAGGUGACAUGAAUGAGGCCAAGGAUGACGCUGCUAAAGCUCCGAGAAGAGAGAGACGGACCUCUGACACAAAGCAGGAACACACGGCUGAGGUUAAGAAAGACAAGAAAACUCGGUCACAUAGAUCCAAAAGCACAGAACAGGACACCGCUGAGAAGGAUGAGAAGCAUAGCAAACACAAGGCUAAGAAAAGAGAUAAAUCUCGAAGCCGUAGCAAAAGCAGAGAAAAGAGUAGGAGGUCAAAAAGCAGAGAGAAAGGUCACAAACACAAAAGUGACGAUAGGAGAGGUCGCUCAAGGAGCAGAGAUCGAAAUGCUGAUAAGAAAGAAAAGGAGUCAGAGUCUGAUCACAAUAAAGACAGAAAUAAAGGUCACGAGGCCAGUAAAAAGCAUAAAGAGGAUACCAAAGGAAGAAAUGGUGAGAGGACUAGGACAAAGUCACGGAGCAAGGAGAAACCAGCUACAAAAGACGGGCACAGAUCAAGUAGCAGGAACAGGGAUAGGAGCGCACCUGCGGCGUCCAAAGACAAAGAAGAAAAACGAGAAAAAGACAGAGAGAGGGGCAGAGAACGUAGCAGGAGUCAGGACAGACGACAUAACAGUGAAAGGGAGAAUAAGAAGCGCGGCUCGUCCAGAGAUAAAGAACGUCGAACAAGAAGUCCAGACAGAAAGAAACCUAGAGACUCCCACAGAGGCAGGCGCUCCAGGAGCAAGAGUAAUAAGAGGGACCACAGCAAAGAUCGGUCCUCUCAUAGGAAGGACAGAGACAGAGAAUCUGCCAACCAAAGGAGAAGACGUAGCAGCAGCUCUGACAGUGAUAGAGACGCAAAAAGAAAGAGUCAAAAGAGUUCAGAUUCCAAAUGGAGAGAAGCAAAAAGCAACUCCAGAUCCAAAGACAGAAGAAGCCCGGCCAAACCAAGACCAGAUAGUACGAAGGGCAAAGAUCGAAAUGACAGCAAGAGGAAAAAAUCGAGCUCUAGCUCAAGUUCCGACAGCGACUGAUGAUAUACUGAAGGAAUAGAUGGGGAGUUUUGAAGUCUGUCCCUGUUUUAUACUGAUGCAGCAUCAGCUUUCCAUCUGGAGUGGGGCGCAUUCACAUCCGUCAUUCAGUGCAGGAAAACUCACUCCAGAGUUCAGCUAAAGUUAUCACGAUACAAAAGUCCGUCAAAGCUGAUUUCAAAAAAAGUUUAAAGGAUAGUUCAGUUUUUGUCAUUUUAUAAGUAAAUAAUUCAUGGCCACCGUAUUACCUACAGUAGAUUGGUGUUUUCCAGAUACUUUAAUUUCUAACUUCAACAUCAUAGACCAAAUCAGUUUUUCUCUAACAACAUAGGAGAGAAAAAAAAACCUCGCUGCCCCAAUUUCUCAAUUUACCACCCAAAAAAAGAUCUACCUUAAAAAUGAUCAGUUUAGGUGUACGCUAUAUUCAGAUUAUCUUUCACUGCUUUAGGUUCAGCUCCAAAAAUACAAAAUCAGAACAUGGCAGCAGAGUUGGUGGACCUCUUCAAAUAAAUACGUGUACACUUAAACUUAUUUUUUUUUAAUGUGGCAUACAUAUGUUUUGCCGCUGUCCUCAUCCACAGCAGUACUUUGUUUAACUUCCACGUCAGUACUACUACCUGCUUCCUCACACUGAUGCCAUGAAGAAGAACCUCAUACAAGCCUUUUUUAACUUUGAGUAGCAGACCGGUACGUGAACUUUGGCUGAACUCUAGACUGAACUUUGGCUCUGAAUUGAAGUUUUGGACUUGUCUCUCAUUAAGUGUGUUAAACUGUUUGAUGGUUUGCUGAAGCAGCACGGCCAGUUUAGAGGAGACUAAAAAAUAAACUCAUAUACUGUGUGUACUGCAUCAGCAGUAAGUACCAGGUGUUCUUUUCAUUGUACAUGACCAGAGGAGGUCCGUGUGUGGUGGAAGGAUGUUUUAAUUUGGAUUCUUUGGUAAAUUAUAUUUUGACUUUAGAAUGGUUGCUAUUUCAAACAGAUGUUUCUGCAACAGAGAGGACAUUUUCUUCUGAAAAGUAUUUCAAUGUUAAGUCUAAGUUUGGAAAAUGAUGUUUACCUGUCAGUUUAUUUUUACUACAGCAAUCAGUCUGGAAGAAAAAAACUAUUUCUUGCAUGCUUAUCCCUGUCAUUGUAUGAAUUAUGUGCAUCGAUGACUUUUUUUUUGUACAUCCACACGACCUUGUACUGUAAUCCUAUUUGUUAACCAGUUUUGAGAUACCUCUGGUUUGUUUGGUUUUUUUUAAUGGGAAAAAAUGUCAUGCUGUAAGUAAAACAUAAAAUCAAUUUAUAAAAAAAUGUGAUUUGUGCAAGUUGGUUUUAAGAACUCAAAUGCUGUGUAGAAUUAAUUAAAAGGCUCCACUUUGAAUUUAAUAAA